AUGGAAGAGACCGAAGACGGAGGCGACCCUUCAGCGGUGACGUCGACGUCUACAACACCUGCAUUCCAACGAUCUCCAUUGCGCCGGCAGCAAUGCCCAGUGUACUUAUACGGACAAAUUAAAGACACGCGAGAAGAAAACCCGGAUUCUGUUGACUUCACAGUACGAGCUGACACGACCGCUGUCACUGUCCUUAGCGAGAAGAAGAUUGACCAAAUUGACCGCCGCCUGGAACAGGUUGUUGGCUUGCUUCAGAAGCUUCCACUCAAUGCGGAACAGACCUCAAAUGCAUCCCUUCAGUCUCCAAGCGGCAGCCAGGGGACUCUGACUACUGGCCCUGGGCUCGAGGCCUCGUCGGUGGUGGAGGGAGAAUCAUCGUUGGCUGCUCAGUUCACCUUCGCCGACGACUUCAUACAGAAGGUCGCUCGUGGCGAUUCCCCAUCAUGUACCAAUCCUGGCGGAGCGCUGCAGGAAAAUCUCAAAGUUCUCUCUCAGAUCGUUUCUUCCUACAAACAGCUUGCUGUAACAGACGAAGUAGUAUACCCCCACGCCAGACUCGUUCAACGGCCAAGCUUUUACGGAUGCGAGUUGCCACCUAUACAAGAGACCGUUAAAGUCAUUCGCGUUGCCGAUUCACAACGACUCGCUGGAACAGGCUGGAUAUACGACUACCUCCCAGUGCACACGUUUUCAAAUACGUGCCUAGAAGUCUACUUUUCAGAACAGUAUUCUGAAGCAGAUUUCAUCAUCGUCACCGCCGGGCUCCAUUCCAUCUUUAAGGACUACAGCAAUAUUGUAUCGGGAGAGGAGAAGGAAAGGAGUCUCAAGUAUUCUAAUCUAUGCCGCGCACACCUCGAAACCGCGCUCACCGGUCUGCCACUUCACCUCCCUGCAACCUCGAAGACGGUCAUUGCUCUCAUCUUUGGUGCCUCUCACUCGAUCGAGCUUUCGAAACCAUUUCUGGCUUGGUCGCUGUCCUCAAAGGCGUCGGAGCUGUGCCAAUCGCUCGGCUACCAUCGAGCUUCCCCCGCUGAAAAGGAAAGCGAAGAGGAUGCAAAAUUGAAGAGAUUCCUCUUUUGGAGCACAUACUUCUUUGACAAAAGCUUGUCGCUCCGCCUCGGCCGCGCGUCGACGAUUCCUGAAUGGACGAUCACGACUAGCAGGCCGUCCGUCAACGACCAUCAUCAGCAGCCGGCACUGGCUUACUGGGUGUUGUGGGUCGAGACGGCCCGUUGCCAAGGGAAUAUCUACGAGAUGCUCUACAGCCCGGACUCUGUCUCUCAGCCCGAUGCUGUCCGGCAGUCUCGGGUCCAGGGUCUCGUGUCUGAUAUGCAAAAAUUAGAGGAGGCGACCCGGGAGACCAAUGUGAGUAACAACCAGGCCAAGGCUGUUGUGUUUCUGACGUUACCACAGAGAAGGUGGCUACAAGAGUCAAAAGACAAGUCGGGAGAAGAUCUGAUGGACUUUUAUGCCUUGUCAGAUGAGACGUUGCGUCUGUCUCUGCUCACACUGGUUCAUCGAGCCGCGCCACGACCUCCAGGCUCGACGACAACUUUCAGCCUCGACUGCGUCAUUGCCGCGCGAUCUGCGCUGGAGAAACACAGAGACUGCGUGAGCAUCAUCAAAAAGAGCGGCAACGGUAACAUUUUCUUCCCAUUGCACUUUCAGUGGUCCAUCCUAUACGCCCCCUUCGUACCGUUCAUUGUCAUGUUCUGUCACGUCAUAGAGACGCAGGAUAGGGCAGAUCUUGGCCGUCUUGGGGAAUUCUCCGACUCCAUCCAAGCCGCUGCCCAAGUUUCCGAGGCGGCGUUCAAGGCCUACCACCUGUUCCACACGCUCUACGGCAUCGCGGUCCGCUAUGUCGAGCUUUGCGCGGCAAGCGUACAGGAGGGCAAUAGCAAGGCCGGUCCUGAGAUGGACUGGUUCUUGGAGGCCUUGGGUAUCGCGCCGCCUGGGCUGGAGAAUGGCGACCAGCAACGACCAACCAGCGACAUGCCGUGGUUUGGCACUGGGAUGGUUGACAUUGCGGAAGCUGAAGGGCCGAGAGACAACGGUGUAACACAACGUAGACCUUCUGCAACACAGCCCUUGACCCGUGUAGGAAACGAAGUUGAGCUGGAGUCUUGGUUUCAAAAUAACGAGGCUGUGAUGGACUUUCUGCGAGACACGGAUUUCAAUUUUGGGAGUAAUCCUUAG